UCUGGCGUCACAGGAAUAAUGGCGGACUCUAACGCACCAGUUUGCAGUUUCGUGUUUAAAAAAAGUGCCCGAAAGUUCGCGGGACGGAAACGCAAAGAAUCGGACAAUGAGAGCAGCGAGGAAGAGAAAGGUCCAGUGAUAAGGAGGAUAAAGAAGGAUGUGGUUAAUCCCAUGAUUCAGAAGAGCAGGCAGCAACCAAAGGACUGUGAAGAUUACAAAGCAAGCAGCAGUGAAGAUGAGGACAAAACAGCGAAGUCUAUCACUGUGUCUUAUAAAUCUACCCGAUCUGCGAAACCAGUAGGGCCAGAUGACAUGGGAGCCACAGCUACAUAUGAACUAGACACUGAAAAAGACAAGGAUGCUCAGGCAAUUUUUGAGAGGAGCCAGAAAGUACAGGAAGAGUUGAAGGGGAAGGAAGAUGACAAGAUCUAUCGAGGAAUCCACAACUACCAGAAGUUUGUGAAACCCAAAGAUACCUCUAUGGGCAAUGCAUCCUCUGGCAUGGUUAGGAAAGGACCAAUACGUGCCCCAGAGCACCUCAGAGCCACAGUACGUUGGGAUUACCAGCCAGAUAUUUGCAAAGAUUACAAGGAGACUGGGUUCUGUGGGUUUGGAGACAGCUGCAAGUUUCUCCACGACCGCUCUGACUAUAAGCAUGGAUGGCAGCUGGAGCGGGAGCUUGAAGAAGGACGUUAUGGAGCAAAUGAUGAGGAAAAUUAUGAGGUGAGCAGUGAUGAAGAGGACUUUCCUUUUAAGUGCUUCAUUUGCAGAGAUUCCUUUAAGAAUCCGAUUAUAACCAAGUGUAAACACUAUUUCUGUGAGAAAUGUGCACUUGAGCACUACCGUAAAUCCAAACGUUGCUAUGUAUGCAACACACAAACCAAUGGUGUUUUUAACCCAGCUAAAGAGCUGAUUGCAAAGCUAGAAAAGCACAAAGCAGAGGAAGGAGGGUCAGACUCUUCAGAAGAACCGCUGUAAAUUAGAGAUCUUUUGUGUACAUAAAUCAUUGUUUUUGUAAUGAAAUAAAUGGUGGGGGAAAAAU